UUCUCAAAUUUCUUACAUACCUGAAUCUGGCACAGGAUUCUCUAUGAACCAAUCCAACUACUCGAUCAGAAGAUAAAUUUAUGAUCUAUGCUGACAAAAGCACUGAACAAGUAUCAGAGAUUGAUGUGUAUAAUAAUGACACAGGCAAUAUUAUACAUGCACCUGGAGGACAUUUCAAGGUGGAAUUCAAAUCAGACUCUGCUUUCAUGUCUAAAGGUUUCACAAUUGCUUUUGGAACAGAUUGUGAAGAUUUAGAUUUAUCCGAAGCAACUGAGAAAAGCACCAACAAGACCUUUUACAAGGAAAAUGUUGAACUUAAAUGUCCGACUGGUUAUAAAUUCCACAUGGAGAAAUACCGUAACUCUGAAAAAGUGACUCUACACUGUGACUCGACAUAUUAUACAGGCCCGAAAGGUCCCGGCAUGUGGACAAUAGAUGGUAAAAAUCCAGGUGCUAUACCUGAAUGUCAAGAGAUUUACUGUGGACCCCCUGAUAAGAUUCAGAAUGGUGGAAUUGAGUCAGUAACUGGAGUUACAUACAACAAAGUUACUAAAUAUUUCUGUAAUGAAGGAUUUAUAAAGAGCCCACUGCAGAUAAAUGCUACAUGUGGAGAGGAUGGCAAUUGGGAAAAUGUACCAACAUGUACUAAGUCCUCCAAUUGUUCAGCAUUGAGUGAAAAUAUGCUAGCUAAUGGAAAAUUUGAGAUCGAAGUAGGUAAUAUUACCAACAACAAUGCUGACUUUGAUACAGUUGUAAAAUUCUCAUGUAAUGAAGGAUAUGAACUGUUGGGACCAGAGUUAUCACAUUGCAAUUCUAAAGGAUGGACUCAUGUUAAUAAUCUACCAACUUGUCAAAAAAAAACCUGUCCAGUACCUCAAAUAGCAAACUCUAAUGUACCACUGGCUGGUCCUUCUUCACCAACCUAUUUUGAAGAAACUUUUCCUGUAAGUUGUAACACAGGAUUUAAGUUCAAAUCUGGAGCAACUGGCACUGUUACACUUACUUGUCAGGCUAACAGGACAUUUGAUAAAACUCUGUCUUGUGAAGACAUAGAUGAAUGUGAUGAUGGCAGUAAUCAGUGUAAUAGUGCAUCAACAACAUGUCACAAUAAUAUAGGGGGCUACACAUGUCCCUGCAAAACAGGAUUUGCCAGAUUGAAUGAUUUCAGCUGUACAGAUAUAAAAGAGUGUGACAGUGAUAAUGGAGGAUGUAGUGAUACAUGUGUAGAGACAGAAGGCUCAUAUGAAUGUCAGUGUCCCACCGGUAAAGAGCUCUAUCAGAGCAAUGGUUUCCAGGGAUUCAACCUUCCAGCAGGCGAGACGGGACUACGAUUUGGAGAUGUGUUUUAUAUUGACCACACUUGUGUUGCUAAACAAUGCCCAGCACUAGUGGCGGUGGAAAAUGGACAGUAUCUUUCACCCAAGAUGGAUAACUAUCAUUUUGAAGAUGAUGUAACCUUACAGUGUAAUGAUGGAUAUCAGGUGACAGGUUUAACUUCCACUUCAGCUGUAUCUAGAUGUACUGCUGAUGGAACUUGGGAUGUACUACAUACUUGUGAAGCAAGAAAGUGUGCAUUACCUGCAGUACCUCAUAAUGGUGUAUAUAAUAAGACAGAGGUAAAGUUUGGAGACCGUUUGAAAUUAACAUGUCAACUUACAAAUGAUGAUGCAAACAAGAAGGAAUUAAAUGCUGUUUGUAUAUAUAAAGAUAAGGAUACUGGUCUAGGUUUUGCUGGGGAUGAUACCACAAAGUGUCCAGAAAUAAACUGCAGUGAUCCUAAGUUAGUAAUGCCUACUGGUGGGAAAUAUUUAAACGAUGUAGGACCCUCUACAACAACAUAUUUAUCCAACAACUCAAAGUUUACAUUUGACUGUGAACUUGGUUAUGAUGUGAUAGGAUCAUCAGGUGAUGAAGAAGGUGAUAAUGUAGUCAAGUGUAAGGACAAUGGUAGAUGGAGUUUUGGUACACUUGCUUGUGCAGUAAAAAUGUGUAGUGACCCGGGCACACUAGGAGAUUCAAAACAGGUGUUUGAUGAUUAUGACAUAGGCUCAGAACUUUAUUACACAUGUGACAGAGAUGGAUUUACUGUUCCUGACAUCAAGUAUAAAUGUCAAUAUAUUAAUGAUAAUGCUGUGUGGUCUAACAAUCUUGUAGAAAAAUUACCAGAAUGUACAGACACGACUAAACCAACAUUUAAUGGCAGCUGUGGGGAUACAAAGUAUGUAGAUGCUGUUGACAAUGUAAGCUUUAACACACCUACCGCCUCUGAUAACUUCAACCUUGCUUCCAUCACCAUGACUGAUAAUAUUAGGCCAGGUGACAGAAUUAUCACCGACACUACAGUCACAUACACCGCUGUAGAUUUUGAAGGAAAUACAGAAACUUGUUCUGUUCAAUUCAAUAUCAUAAAUCGUAAUGACAAACCUACUUUAACUUGUCCUGAUUCAAAGACUUUCGUGGUUACUUCAAGAAAUUCUAAAACAUACAACUAUACUGAAGAUGUUACAGUUACUGGCGGUAACAUCACUAGUGUGAAUCCAACGCUCAUUCGUUCUUCUGUUGAUAAGAUAGGUACAAUGGAGCUGAUAACUAUUACAGCAGCCAAUGAAUAUAACACUGAAUCAUCUUGUACCUAUAUGGUACAUUUUGUUGCGGGUGCUUGUUUCCAAGAGGAAUUAUUUGAUGAUGUUAAUGCUAGAGAACAAGUUUGUGUUACCGAGGAUAACAAGCUUGUAUGUACAUCAACAUGCAAGCCUGACUAUAUGUUCUCAGAUAAAACCACAAAAAAAACAUUUAGAUGUACAGGGUCAGGAUUAUGGGAUUAUGAUCAGUCACCCAUUAUACAACCUCAUAAUCGAUACUGUCUAAGGCAAAACAACCCACAGUAUGAUGUUCCGUUCACAGUACAACAUAGAUUAAGUUUUCUUACUUUGGGAUGUUUGGAUGCCUUUCGUAGUGCUGUGACUGGGAGUGUAAAUACUUUCAGAUCCAGAAUAAGCAAUCUCUGUAGUCAAUCAUGGACAAUUUCAGAUGUGACAGCUAAUACUGUUUCAAAUGAAAAUUUUAUAUAUAAAACAACUAUGAAACUAACCCUGCAGUCAUCUGUCACUGUGGCCGCUGCUGAUGAAUGUAUCCAGAAAAUAGUGAAUAAAGUUAACUCGGUAUUUGUUGUUAACAAUACUAAUUUGACAUGCAAUGAAAAUCUACAGACCCUGACUGUAGAGACAAUAACAAAUGGACAAGGAACAAAGAAUUGCAAGACUGGGUAUUACCUUGAUGGCAAUAUUUGCUUACAACAUGGUCCUGCACAAUAUUUUGAUGAGGAUACAAAUAUUGUUAAAGCAUGCCCAGCCGGACAAUACCAAAAUGGUUUAGCCCAGACAAGCUGUAAAGAAUGCCCUAAAGGACAGUUCCCAAAUGGUGAUCAAACCAGUUGUCAACGAACUUGUGCAGCAGGGUUGAUAUCUCGAAAUGGGUUUUAUCCUUGCACACCAUGUCAGCCAAACACUUACUGGACUGCUAAAGACGAAUGCUCACCUUGUCCAACUGGCUAUUCAACUGAUGGUUUAGCACCGGAUGACACCAGAUGUUAUGCACCAUGUCCUGCGGGUCAAUACUCUAGAACAGGCUAUAAUAAGAAUGGCUGUACAUCAUGUCCAGUUAACUUCUACCAGGAUCAGACAGGACAGAUGACUUGUAAAGAAUGUAGUGAUAACAGUAAAACAUCAACUACUGGCAGCACAAAGAGUGAUGACUGUAUUGCAAUAACAGAUGAAUGUGAUAGAGACUAUUGUAAUGGUCAUGGUAAUUGCUCUUUCAAACGUCAUCGUACUUUCUGUACUUGUGAUGCAGAUUCUGGUUACUAUGGUGAUAGCUGUCAGAAUAUGUACCAUAUUUGUGAUGGAAAUCCUUGUAAAAAUGGUGGCACAUGUAUCCGUGGAGCUACUUACAAGGACUACACAUGUUCAUGCAGGACAAAUUUGGACACAUGUGAAAUGAAGGUAUCUAAUGAUGUUAAAAUGGGUUCUCAAAGUUCAUCUGCACUAUAUCAAACUUAUUUGACAAGAACUUUAGAACAGUGUAAUGCAAGCUGUUUAUCAGAUAGCCAGUGUAAAGAAGCCUCGUUUAUAGCUAACCAGUUCUGUUUACUGUUUAAUGACACUAUUCAAGAAGCUGAUUUAAUAGAUGAAGAUUUCCCAGCAGAUGUCCACUUAAAAAAAGAAUGUAACACAGCAUAUGGUGGUUUAAGAUGUGAACAAGAUACUAAGGAUGACUGUGAGAACAAUAAUUGUAAUAAAAGCUCACAAUGUAAAAAUAAUAUCAAUGGCUCUCAAUGUAUUUGUUCUGCAAAUGGAGGAUUUUCUGGAAUAAGAUGUGAUGUUGCAAACAGCCCAUGCAAUUCAAACCCAUGUGAACAUGGCACAUGUACUCCCUUUGGAUCUGUGAGAUAUGAAUGUUCCUGCUUUGAUGGUUAUGAUGGUGUAAAUUGUGAAAACAACAUAGAUGACUGUGACAACAACCCUAAUGCCUGUGCGUAUGGUGGGGUAUGUGUUGAUCUGGUCGAUAGCUAUGAAUGUCAAUGUAAGUCUGGCUUUGGAGGUACAAACUGUGAGAAUACUCCAGACUUCUGUUUAAGCAAUGACUGUAAGGGAGAUAAUGUAUGUUAUAACAGUCUGGACAGAAUGGAGGGAGUGUGUACAUGUGACACAGCUCUGUUUGAAACUUGGUAUAGAUGUGAGAUGGUUGUUACUGAAGGACAAGCUUCUACAGCAGGAAAAAAUGUUUCCAGUAAAAGUGUUAGUGACAUUGAACAAUGUAAAACAGCAUGUAAGGACAAUCGGGAAUGUUUUUAUGCCAUCUUUAACAAUGAUCUUACUCCAAAUUGCCAAAUGUAUGACAACACCUAUACAGGGGAACAGACAGAAGAUUCUUCAUUUGAAAUUCGAAAAAAUUGUAAUAACAAACCAGAUGUGGGAUAUGCUUGUGACCAGGUUAGAGUACCAUGUGAUGUUGUGGAUUGUAAUGAAGGAACUUGUCAAAAUACUAAUGGUAAUCUUGACAGUGUAUGUAGUUGUAAACCUGGUUACACUGGCUCUCUCUGUCAACACAGUAUUGAUGACUGUGUAGGUAAUCAGUGUUUAAAUGAAGCUGAAUGUGUAGAUGGUGACCAGACAUACACUUGCAAGUGUAAAGAUGGCUUUAAUGGUAGCAGAUGUGAAAACAACAUUAAUGAUUGCCCUGGCUCAUGCAAGUUAGAAAAUGGUAGAUGUGAAGACAGAAUAGACGGGUUUGAAUGUAUAUGUAAAGCUGGAUAUGUUGGUGAUGAUUGUGAGACUGAUUUCAAUGAAUGCUCAAGCAACCCAUGUCAACAUGGUGGGAAAUGUACCAAUGGUAAAAACAGCUUUGAAUGUGAGUGCGAGACAGGGUAUACAGGAGACUUGUGUGAAAAAAUGAAAGAUAAUUGUGCUGGAAUUCUAACAUGCCAAAAUGGAGGAAAAUGUAUAAGCUUACAAGAAACUUCAUUUUGCAGUUUUGGGGAGAAAAAAAUUUUCAGUGUUUGGGUUUUAAAAAACUACAGAAGAAACUGUCCAGAAAAUUACAAAGGUAAAUCAUGUGAGAUUGUGAAAGAUUGGUGCACUGACAACCCAUGUAAGAAUGAUGGACGAUGUAAACAAUUAAAUCCAGUAGGGUAUGAAUGCGAGUGUAUGCCAGGUUACAGUGGUGCUACAUGUGAGAUAGUAGCUGAUCCAUGUGCCAACACUCCAUGUCUUAACAGAGCUGUUUGUCAGGCAACAUCACUAUCAACACAUGAUUGUCUAUGUACAGAAGGGAGGACAUGGACAGGAACAUCUUGUAAAAAUUCAAGAACAGAUUAUACAAUGUUGGUAAAUGCUGCAGAUCAACUCAAGAAGCCAGCUUCAUUGCAGACAUUAUUCCACUUGAAAACUGAUGAGCUAUCUGUAAUGAUGUGGCUAAGGGUUCAUAUGGUGAACUCAGAAGUUCCUCUAGGCACUGUGUUUGCUUUACUUGCGACAGAGGAAACGACACUACCAGAAGAUUUGAUGUUUGACUUUAGCCUAACAGUAAGUAAGGCUGGAAUUUAUGUAAGAUACGGGUUGGAUCCGAAAGUUGGUAUAUCAUUUGAAACGGAGGAUCUUUUUAGGGGUAUUCUAUUUGAUGGAGAAUGGCAUCAUCUUGGAAUUUCAAUGACUAGUUACGGAAUGUUAUCUGCAUCAUUAGAUUCCCUGCAUGUCCAGGAACCAGUUUACACCAGCAGGAACCUUCAACUUGAUUACAAUGCACAAAUAAAUUUAGGAUAUGGCCAUGUUGUUGAGUACAGAGAUGUUAAAGUUUACAAUAAGUCUUUUGAAACUAGUGUGUUUUCUAAGGCAUCUACUGGAGGGGAAAGGCCUGAUGUUCCCCCUGUUCAGAGUUUUCAAAAUUACAACCUCUAUCCUUCAACAUCAAUGAGUGAAAAUGGCAGCAAUAUUAUAAGGAAUCCAAACUUAACAGUUCCAAAUUUGGAAUGUGAGGAUGUUGACGAUAUAUAUUACACUUCUACUGAGCGUCUAGUGUCAAUGAGCACAAUAUCUGACCUAGUUAAAGCAUAUGACCAAGUGAAACAAAAGAGCGGAUCAACACUGAAAUACAUGCACACAAUUGAAUCAACAAUUACAUGGGGAGCUUAUCCUUUGAUAAUCAUUGGCAUGGAUAAAGAUACAAAAAAUUAUGGACAAUGUUUGGGAAAACUUAUCAUUCGGUACAACAGUGCAUGUCCAUCAAUGAAUGAGUCAUUUAGUGAUACUGUGAGCUAUAGACAGUGCUCUGCUACUAUUGGUGGUUAUUGUGAUGUUAAAUGUAACAAUGAUUCCAAAGUUCUAGCAGCUCCUUUACCAUACUAUAUUACAUGUGGAACACUUGGUGUUUAUGAUUACAGGAUGCCAUUUGCUGAAACAUAUUAUCCAGCAUGUGUAGAUAUAUCAGCUGUGGAAUACAACCUUGCAGCCUCUAUGAAGUAUAAAUUAGAGACAGUUUGUUCUCAAACUCAAGAUACAGUUCUUGGCAUCAUUGAGGAUAGAGUACAAGAUAGCUUUAAGGACGAUAUUAGACCAAAAUGGAUGGGCAUUUGUGUUGACGCCAAUUGCACUAAUUUGAAGAACAUUACCAAUAAGUGUGACACAGAUGAUGAUUUUAAUGUUGUUGUCCAGUUUUCUCUAGUGUUAACUAGUAUGACUUUAGAAGCAGUAGGAGGUGGUACAGUCGAUAUUGAAGAUGCACUAAAAAUUAUUAUCCGUAAUGAGCAACUAAUAGAUCUAAAGACUGUAUCUGGUGCUGUUUUACAAGUAGAAACUGUUUUCAUCAGCAAAGUACUAGAAUGUCCAACAGGAAACAGACUUGAUAUGACAGGGGAUCCACCAUUCUGUGUUCCAUGUUCUCCUGGCUACUAUCUAAAAGAUGGAGAGUGUAUGCCAUGUGAUUAUGGUCACUACCAAGUGAAUGAAGCCCAGACAAAGUGUGAUGAAUGCCCAGAUGAAAAAGUUACAUACCGCAGAGGUGCCAAAGAUGUAAAUGAAUGCAAAGUGAAAUGUCCAGCAGGUCAGUACUAUGUCAAGGCUGAAGAAAUGUGUGUUGAUUGCCAAAGACAUUUUUAUCAGCAUGAGAAAGGCAAGAAUUUUUGUCUACCCUGUGGUAAUGAGUACAAAACUGGAGGUGAAGGAUCGGACAGUGAAAAUGAUUGUAAAGAGAAUUGCCAAGCUGGAUGGUUUUUAAAUGGAGACAAAUGUGAGCAGUGCACACGAGGUUACUACAAAGACAAUGUUGGUAAUACAAGGUUUGAUGACUGUAGGAAAUGUCCUGAUAAAAAUGGGAAAGAGACAACAACAGAUAAGCUUGGUUCUGAAAGUGUUGAUGCUUGUAGUGUUUAUAAAUGUGAGGCCGGCCUUGUCUCCUCAAACUCUGGAUGUGAGCCUUGUGACCUGAACUUUUACCAACCAGUACAAUUUCCACUAUCAACUGAUAAAUGCAAGCCAUGCCCACAAAAAGAUGGUCGAAUUACUAAUACAAAGACUGUAGGAACAACAACUGUUGAAGAUUGUCUGCCUAUAUGUGAUGCUGGACGGUUCUUCUCUGAGUCAUCUUGUAAGCCAUGUGAAAGAGGAACAUAUAAAGAGAAUGUUGGAGAUGCUAGAUUUGGUAACUGCACUGUCUGUCCGGAUGGUAAAACUACCAACAAUACAGGGGCAAUCAGUGGAUCUUUGUGUACUUUACCAAAGUGUGUAGCAGGCCAAUACCUGAAGGAAAAUGUAUGCACAGAUUGUGUCAUGGAUUAUUACUCUGAAGUUGAAUAUCCAAACUCACAAGUUCAAUGUAUUCCAUGUAGAACUACAAAUGGCAUUGUUUAUGGCACUGAACAAACAGGGACAAAUAAUUCUUCACUUUGUAAACCAACUUGUCCUGGAGGGAAACAAUAUAAUGCAGACACACUACAAUGUGAGAGCUGUCCAAUAGAGAGUUUUAAAGGUGAUGAUGACAGGUUUGGAUUAUGUGUAGAAUGUGAAACAGAGAGACCUGGAUAUGUAGCCAGUAAUUUUGGAUCUAAAUCAGCUGAACAGUGCACAAUACGUAACUGCCCAGCAGGAUCUAAGAUUAAUGGGAGUGAAUGUACACUAUGUCCUAAAAAGACUUAUCAAGAUAAACCAAGAAAAACUGAAUGUAUAGAAUGUGGAAUCAAUCUAAAUACUGUUGGUGAGGGAAGUACCAGUCCUGAAGCCUGUCAGACUGAAUGUGGUCCUGGCCAAGAAGGUAACACUUCAUGUGAGAAAUGUAAUGAGGGAAUGGUAAAACCAAAUGCAGGAUAUGAAUUAUGUCAAAAAUGUGAAAAUGAAGAUCGUACAUCAAAUGAAAAUAGAACGGCCUGUGAUGUUUACCGUUGUAGCAUUGGUAAAGAGUAUAAUAUAGUUGAUGGUAAGGAAAGCUGUGAUAGAUGUAACGAAGGUUUCAAUAAAAGUGUUGUAGGAAAUGAUGCUAGUUGUCAAAAAUGUCAGGAUGGAUUAACAACUGAUGGUGUUGGACAAGGCUCCUGUGAUUUAUUGCACUGUGUACCAGGAAAGUACAAGGCAGGAGAUGAAUGUGUGGUUUGUAAGGCAGGAACAUACAAGUCUGAAAUGGGCAAUGAUGAGUGUACUCCCUGUCCUGAUGGUACAACUACAGACACAGUCACAGGUGCAACGGCAGCCACACAGUGUGAUACUGUGGUAUGUGCUAAGGGUAAAUAUAGAAAACCAGGUACGAAAACAGGCUGUUAUGCUUGUGAGGCAGGAUCAUAUCAACCCGAGUCGGGAAGUACAGGUUGUAUUAACUGUCCUGAUGGAGAAAUUACCCUGGAAAAUGGACAGUUUACCUCCGAUGCAUGUGUUCCUGAGUGUAAAGAAGGGGAGCAGUAUGAUGCAAUCAAAGAACAAUGCUUCCUUUGUGAGACUGGUACUUAUAAGGAAUCAAUUGGUAACACAGAUACAUGUAAAGCAUGCCCUACUGAUAAGACAACUGCUGGCCCUGGUGCUAAACAAGCAUCAGACUGCUCAGAAAACAAGUGCCAACCAGGAAAAUAUUUUGUGGUAGAGAAAAUAAUAAGAUAG